GUGGUGCUGGAGUGGAGCCGGGACCAGUACCACGUCCUGUUCGACUCCUACAGGGACAAUGUGGCGGGGAAGUCCUUCCAGCGCCGGCUCUGCCUGCCGGUGCCCAUCGAUGUGGUGUACACCUGGGUGAAUGGCACGGACCUUGAGCUGCUCAAGGAGCUACAGCAGGUCCGGGAGCAGAUGGAGGAGGAGCAGAAGGCCAUGAGAGAAAUCCUGGGGAAGAACAUGACGGCACCCACGAAGAAGAGCGAGAAGCCGCUCGAGUGUCUGCUCACGCACUGCGUCAAGGUGCCCAUGCUGGUCCUGGACCCCGCGCUGCCAGCCAACAGCUCCCUGAAGGACCUGCCAGGCCUGCACCCCGCCUUCCGCACAGCCAGCGACCUCUUCCACGUGGCCAAGCCCAAGAACCCCUCCACCAACGUCUCCGUGGUGGUCUUUGACAGCACGCGGGACGUGGAGGACGCGCACGCUGGACUGCUCAAGGGAAGCGGCAGACAGACUGUCUGGAGGGGCUACCUGACCACCGAUAGAGAGGUCCCGGGGCUGGUGCUGAUGCAGGACCUGGCUUUCCUGAGCGGCUUCCCGCCCACCUUCAAGGAGACGAAUCAGCUGAGGACCAAGCUGCCCGAGGGCCUGGCUGCCAGGGUCCGACUGUUGCAGCUCUACUCCGAGGCCAGCGUGGCGCUGCUGCAACUGAACAACCCCAAGGGCUUCCAGGAGCUGAACAAGCAGACGAAGAAGAACAUGACCAUCGAUGGCAAGGAGCUGACGCUCAGCCCCGCCUACCUGCUCUGGGACCUCGGUGCCAUCAGCCAGUCCAAGCAGGACGAAGAUGUGUCCGCCAGCCGCUUCGAGGACAACGAGGAGCUGAGGUACUCGCUGCGCUCCAUCGAGAGGCACGCGCCCUGGGUCCGCAACAUCUUCAUCGUCACCAACGGCCAGAUUCCGUCCUGGCUGAACCUGGACAACCCUCGCGUGACCAUCGUCACACACCAGGAAGUCUUCCGGAACCUGAGCCACUUGCCCACCUUCAGCUCCCCGGCCAUCGAGAGUCACAUCCAUCGCAUCGAGGGGCUGUCGCAGAAGUUCAUCUACCUGAACGACGACGUCAUGUUUGGCAAGGAUGUGUGGCCAGAUGACUUCUACAGCCACUCCAAGGGGCAGAAGGUUUACCUGACGUGGCCUGUGCCGAACUGUGCCGAGGGCUGCCCAGGCUCAUGGAUUAAGGACGGCUACUGUGACAAGGCCUGCAACAACUCGGCCUGCGACUGGGAUGGCGGUGACUGCGCAGGGAGCAGCGGAGGCAGCCGUUACGUGCCCGGCGGUGGCGGCCUGGGCAGCGUGGGCGGCGGGCAGCCCUGGCAGUUCGGGGGCGGCCUCAGCAGCGUCUCCUACUGCAACCAGGGCUGUGCGAACUCCUGGCUCGCUGACAAGUUCUGUGACCAGGCCUGCAACGUCCUGGCCUGCGGGUUUGACGCCGGUGACUGUGGCCAAGAUCAUUUUCACGAGUUGUACAGAGUGACCCUUCUCGCGAACCAGACUCACUACGUUCUCCCGAAGGGCGAGCGGCUGCCUUACUUCAGCUUCGCGGGGAUCGCCAAGAGAGCCGUGGAGGGGUCCUAUAGCGACAGCCCCGUCAUCCGGCACGCCUCGGUCGCCAACAAGUGGAAGACCGUGCACCUGCUCCUGCACGGCGGCAUGAACGCCAGCACGCUCCACCUGAACCUCACGCUGCAGGACGCUGCCGACCAGGAGUUCAGGCUGCAGCUCGCGGUCGAGGUGGACACGAGGGAGAGCCGCGGGCUGAACACCACCACCCAGAGUCCCCGCACACGCAGCAGCCCCGCGACGCCCCUGCCCGAGGCCGAGGUCCUCUUUGAGGACGUGCCAGAGGAAAAGCGCUUCCCGAAGGCCCGCGGGCGCGGAGGUGGCCGGGAGGGGCGGCUCUGGGAAGAGCUGCGUGUCCCCCCGGUGAAUGUCUCCCUGCUCCCCAGAGACACGCAGGCCAGGCUCAGGGUGCUGGACGCGCAGCUGGCGCAGGGCGACAUCACAGCGAAAGGCUACAAUUUGUCCAAGUCGGCCUUGCUGAGAGCCUUCCUCCCGAGCCCCCUGGAUGCCGCAGGCACAGCCGAGCCGGGGGGCGGCGGGCGGGCUGCGGAAGGAAGGCCGCGUCUCAGGAGCCUGGACGGCAGCCGGGGCGAGCAGAGAUCCCAGCAGCCCACUUCGCUGGCCGGGCCAGGGGCGGUGAAAGGGAUCGGCCGCGACGAAGGUCCGGACCCAGCCCUGGUCUCGGAGCCCAAGGCCGGGUUUCAGCCGAGAACUCAGAGCCCAGCGCUGAGCCGCACGGUGGUCAGAGAACAGUUCUCACCCCUGGUCCUCCCGCCCACAAAGCGCACGGCGAAGGGAAAGAAAGCUGCCGUGCAAGGAGAGGACAGCCAUGUGGGGGCGGGCACUGCCCACCCCGAAGACGCCAGGGCCGCGCUGCCCAGCCGUAGGCUGCAGCAGGCCGACACUUCCCGCGGGUUCCUGCCCUGGGAGAAGACGGGGUACUUCCGCGACCUCCUGGAGGAGGAAGUGGCACUAAAGACCCAGCUGGCCUACCUCACCGAUAGCAGCCACACUGGCCGGCGGCUCCAGGACACGUUCGCAGAUUCGCUCCGAUACGUGAACAAAAUCCUCAACAGCAAGUUCGGGUUCACGUCGCGGAAGGUCCCCGCACACAUGCCGCACAUGAUCGACCGCGUGGUCAUGCAGGAGCUGCAGGACAUGUUCCCCGAGGAGUUCGACAAGACGUCCUUCCACAAGGUGCGCCACCCCGAGGACAUGCAGUUCGCCUUCUCCUACUUCUACUACCUCAUGAGCGCACUGCAGCCGCUGGACGUGUCCCAGGUCUUCGACGACGUGGACACGGACCACUCGGGCGUCCUGUCGGACCGCGAGAUCCGGACGCUGGCCACCCGGGUCCACGAGCUGCCGCUGAGCUUGCAGGAUCUGACGAGUCUGGAACACAUGUUAAUAAAUUGCUCAAAAACGCUUCCAGCUAACGUCACUCAGCUGCACGCCGUGCCCCCCACCCAGGAGGCCUACUACGACCCCAAUCUGCCCCCGGUGACCAAGAGUCUUGUGACCAACUGCAAACCAGUGACCGACAAAAUCCACAAGGCGUACAAGGACAAAAACAAGUACAGGUUUGAGAUCAUGGGGGAGGAAGAAAUCGCUUUUAAAAUGAUCCGAACCAACGUUUCUCAUGUGGUCGGCCAGUUGGAUGACAUCAGAAAAAACCCCAGAAAGUUCGUUUGCUUGAAUGACAACAUUGACCACGGCCACAAGGACGCGCAGACCGUGAAGGCCGUGCUCCGGGACUUCUACGAGUCCAUGUUCCCCGUGCCGUCCCAGUUCGAGCUGCCCAGGGAGUACCGGAACCGCUUCCUUCACAUGCACGAGCUGCGGGAAUGGAGGGCCUACCGCGACAAGCUGAAGUUCUGGACCCACUGCGUCCUGGCCACGCUGAUCCUUUUCACCGUCUUCUCCUUUUUUGCUGAGCAGUUAAUUGCUCUUAAGCGCAAGAUACUUCCCCGGAGGAGGACGCACAAAGAAGCCAGCCCCGAGCGCAUCAAGGUCUAGAACGUCUCGGUUCGGCAGUCACCUACCUCAGUGUCACCGGGAGGGGUGACUGGACGCUCGGCCGCCGCCCGGAUUGGCACACUCCACACACCGUGCCGGGCGGCUCUGAGCGCGUCCCGCUUUUAAGGCACUCGCUCCCGGACCUGCAAAGCCUGCUGGCUCCCCAGCGCGACCCUUGCGAAGUGCGAGUGGAGGCCCAGGCGGCCGGGAGUCUCCGAAACCUGGAGCCCGGCUCUGCCCCUCCGCGCUCCGCUUCCCACCUCCCGUGGGUAAAGUAAGGAGCUGCCCAGCUCCGCUUCCGCCAGCAGACAGUCCGGACGUGUGAUCCCGCCGCCGCGGUUGCUGUUUAAGUAGGGCUGUACUUUCACCUUCGAGGACGAGGUAGAAAUCACCGAGUGGGUAAGGACGGUCUCGUCCACUCUGACCUGCGGACUGCUCGUGGCCGGUACGGGGACGUGUCGCGAUUCUUCAGUCCCGAGAGCACGUUCUUCGGUUUCCUGCACAGGCCUGCUGACCAAGGCUGCCUAAUCAUUGCUGCCACUGAGAGAUGUAAUUAUGUUUAGGAAUUGUACGUAGUCAAUCAGGAGUGCCUCCCCUCCAGACGGGCAGUACUGACAGGGCUACACCCGGUGUCUGAUUUAACACCCACCCUCCGCACCCAUUUUCCAGCAUAGCUGCUUUCGUGUAUAGCAGGGGUCAAUCAACAAACCUGUUCUCUAAAGGGCCUGCUAGCACAUAAUCAUAGGACACCUGUGUCUCCGUCACACAUUCUUCUUUUUCAGUUCGUGUCUCGUAAACAAUCGUUUAUCAUUGCACAGCCCAUAUGUAGGUGGAUCUGACGGGAAGGCCCCUGUCGCUGACCACCGGGACUCCAUAUUUUCAUGUCUGGGGAAACCCUGAUGUGCAGCUGUUUCCUGGUGUCAUUGUACGGUGGAUUUCUGGCAACCGGAUUCCACAAGUCCUUUCUGAUGGACAGGUAUUUUAGAUCACAGUCUGAACAGUAUCCCACAACAGCACACCUGUUUUGUAAAAAGAACUUUAAAUGUAAAUACUGUGUUUGUGCUGUUUCCCAAAAUUGAAGUCUCAUAAAAAAUUGUAUUUGUCUGAUGCUUUGAUUUUUAAAUCUUGGGGAUUUCCUAUUUUCCAGGCCAUGGAAAAAAGCAAGGCUUUUUUGAAGUCGAUGGGCUAUAUGGUGUGUCAGGCUCUGUACUGAGCGCUAGUAAAAUUAAACAGAGACUAGUGUCAGAUCAUGUCAGAGGGCGUUAUGGCUUCUGGAUAAAAUUUGUGAUAUGGAAGAAUGUGGUGAGUUGUUUGAAUAUCAGUGUAAAAGCCGAGAAUUUAUUCUGGAAAGGUUGUACAGAAAUAAAGAUGUGUGUGUCACAGAGA